ACCAAAGUAGUUUUUUACAGCCAAAACGCUCCUCCACCAACAGAACAAACCAAGUAGGGAAAUGGCACCUAAGCUACCAAACAGCAGCUAGAAAGGAACCUAUGCUGCAAGCUGGAGACAAAUAAGGAGAAACCAGGCAAGGUAGAAAAACAGAGGAGAUAACACUCAGACUAAGGUUCUGAAGAACAGCACUCAACAAUUGUGUUGUACUAAGCACAACCGGUGGAUUUUAGUUGUGCAUGGCAAUAAAUCAAUAUGCGGAAUCAAAGUUCAUCCUUCGUCAAUUUAUAUGUGAAAAAUUUAUUGCUCUUAAGUCAUACUAUUACAUAACUAAAGCUAUGGAAAAGACAUCAAGAAGAAAGAGGGAUUUAUAUAUUUCUUGGAUCAAAAUACAGGUAGUUGAAAGUUGGAUGAAUCGACUGGAUCAGGCACCAGAGGGGCACACACAGUUAGAACAAGUAAGAGUAUGCACUAAGAUCGGGAUAGAGUGCAUGGACUUGGACCCAAAGAAGAGACCAGUUGUGCAGCACAUAAUUGAUAGGCUUGAUAAAACAGCAAGAGCUGACUAUUCAUGCCAAACUGGCAUGAGCAGUUCACUAGCCGAGCUGCAGCCAAGCUUACUCGAGGAACAGUCUGAGAAAAUAAUUGGAAAGCUUGUAGCUGAGAGCCUUAUAAAGGAUAUCAAUGAACGCCCAGAAACGGAAGAUCACUGCCAGCAGGGUCAAGAAAAUGCAGAUCAAUGGUCAUUACGGGAAGCACAAGAUACGGAGCGAAAGGUUAACCGACCAGGAACAAGCAUUUUCGGCUCUAAAUCUAGCUUCUUGGAGAAGCUAAAAAACUUGAAUAUCUUUAGCAGGAAAGCACGCAGGAAUUUCGUGAGGAAUGGUGGCUCACACCUACAGAAUGUCAGGGGCCUAACGAUUUUCACAAAGGCGGAAAUACAGAAAAUCACAAAAAACAAUUCAGAGUUUCUUGGUACCGGAAGAUUUUGUAAAGCCUACAAAGGAACUCUUCCUGACAAUACCAUGGUGGCAGUUAAGACCUUUAUCACGCUAAGCAAUAAUAGUCUGAGGCGGGAGUUUGAGGUGAUAAUAGAAGUCCAUAAAGAACUGAUCCACAAGAACAUCCUCAAGCUCUAUGGUUGCUGCCCAGGGAUGGAUGUUCCAACGUUAGUGUUUGAAUUUGCUGCUAAUGGGAGCCUCGAGAGCAUUGUCCAUGGCAGUAAACAAAAACUUCCUUUAGACUUGCGCAUUGACAUUGCAAUUGGGUUUGCAGAAGGCUUAAGAUACAUGCACUCCUACGCAAAUUAUCCCAUGCGACAUGGUGAUGUCAGACCGAACAACAUAUUUCUCGAUGACAAGUUGACACCAAAAAUUGGAAACUUUGGGCUUUCGAGGCUUUAUAGUUUAGAGGAGAUGAGGCUACAGGCCUCUGAAUCAAGUGAUACACGCAACCAAUUGAUGCUGCAUAAUAUGGGUUACAUGGACCGAAAGUUCAUGCAAGAUGGACAUGUAACAUUAAAGAGUGAGGCCUACAGCUUUGGAGCUAUUCUCUUGGAACUCAUUACCAGGAAGAAGAACAUAUUUGAUGAAAACCGCAUCCUCGUCGAUGAGUACCGCAAAGUUUAUGAGAGAGAAAAGAGUGGACGAGCAAUGUUUGACAAGGAGAUUGCAACUGAAGACAAUAUGUUCGCCCUGGAAGAAAUUGGCAAGGUUGUAAUUGAGUGCCUGAAAGAAGACAGUAAGGAACGACCAGAUAUGACGGAGGUGACGGAACUACUUGUGAUGAUCAGGAGAGAGAGGAGGCUCGUUAAGGCACGCAAUAAGGCGAUUACUACUAGUGUUCCAUAUGUAUAGUGGGUGACCACAUUGUUCAACCAAAUGAACUAAAAAGAAUUCAAGUCAGGGUACCAAGGCCAAUUGCAUUCGUACGUGGAUUGUGUACACGCCGUCACAAACACAAAAGGACUUGAGAAUUUAUUUUAUUUUCUGUUCUUUUUUGAAAAAGAGGCUGAA